AACAGCUAGCAAACAAAUCGUUGGUGUCGGGCCCCUUGCUUUGAGAAUAAGUCAAUUAAAUGGCCGUUUCAGCAUAACCUGCGUGUCUAAACUGAAUGCUAGAAGUGCCGGUAUCAAGUUUGCCGAAUUCUUUCUAAUCGAUUGCUGAGACUCACAGAACAUACACCGAUGCUUCGUAAAUAAUCCACUUGGUCGUCCAUUAAACUCACAAGGGGAGACACGACAACAACAAUAUGCCCUGACUUCCUUCGAAUAUCGUCGAAGACUAGAGGCAUAGCUUGGUAAAUCAGCGACUUUCCAUAGCCAGUCGGCAAAUUAAUAAACAAAUCCGCUUCACCCUUGGUGAACUCCUCAACAGCCUCCUUUUGAUGGCUAUCCAAGGCCGCAAUUCGGAAUUUCUUUGACACAAGACGAAACACAGAGCUGAGAUCGUUCGCCAUCUUGAAUUUUUUCCCGCGAACAGCCUAGGUCAACUUUCCAGUAUUUGGAAAGUGAACGCUGAUUGGCUGAUUCGUUUUGCCGCUCUGUGGAGCAUGCGCUCGUGGGGCCUAAGGAAUCGUGGAUUCGAGCAUGAUAAAAAUAGUAUCAGGUCAGGGGAUUCCCCACGAUACUGCGUCAUCGUUCUUUUCUUCCCUUCGGUCUUUAUUCACGAAAUUGAUAGUAAAACGUGCGGUUAAAGACUAACUACUAGAUUAGUAGGCUAUCGGAAUACAGGUCGGGAUACAAGUACAAUCAAGCGUGCAACUCGUUGGUCUACAUGCGGAUCCUUACAUGCACCAGUAGUUAUUUUAUAGCGCAUAGACCAUGGCUUCGUGGUGCAAGUUAGCGGGAAUUCUCCUGGCGGGAAUUCUCCUGUCUAUACCUCUAUACAUUGUCCAGAGCAAGAAAAUAAGCCGCCAUGAAAAUCGAUGGAGAACAUCACCGAGGAUACAACUGUGUCCCAAAGACAUGAUAACAGUCCGAAAAGGGAGUAAACAGAAAUGUGUUAAGUGCACGAAAUGUAGGCGAGGCUGGGGAGCAAACAUUGACUGUGGAGAUCUGGUAGAAAUAAAUCACGAUGGCGAUUUCGACUACAGAUGUGUACGUUGUGAGAAGGGUGUGACAUACUCUACAAAGCGCGAUGAACACACGUGUAAGAGGUGCACUGGCUGUGGAGUCAAUAAAAAGGUGAUGAAAUCCUGCACUCGAAAGGCGAACACGAAGUGUGGUGGAUGCCGACUUGGGUUCUAUGCGGAUCUUUCUUUUCCUGGUGGAUGCUUCUUUGAGUGUGCGUUUUGCUGUGGCGACAGAAAUGAUACUCAGAUAACGGAGUGUGAAAGGCAGGGCCUGCCACCCUAUAAGCAGUGCAGCUUUGAGCAGAAAGAGAGAUGCCGGAUUCCAGCGCAGAAGUGGAAAGAUGAGGCAGAGAAGGCUAACGCUACCUUGUCGCCCUCCAGAUCAGUGAUAUUACCAACACCAUCACCAUCUCUGUCGGUAUCAUUUUUGUCAACUGCAGCAGCAUUAUCGUCGCUAUCAACCGCAACAACAGCAUCACCGCCAUCAUCAUCAUCAUCAUCAUCAUCACCAUCAUCAUCAUCACCAUCACCACCACCACCACCACCACCACCACCACCACCACCACCACCACCACCACCACCACCACCACCACCACCACCACCACCACCAUCAUCAUCAUCAUCAACAUCAUCAUCAUCAUCAUCAUCAUCAUCAUCAUCAUCAUCAUCAUCAUCAUCAUCAUCAUCAUCAUUCAAAGAGAAGGAGUCACAAGCAAGCAAGGAAAGCACGCGACUUAUAGCCAGCAGGCAUAACAUUAAUGUCACCGUAACCCAUCGUGACCAUUACCUGCUCUAUGCUAUCUUAGGCGUUGUCUUUUGCAGUGUCUUAGGCGGUGGAAUUAUAAUUACAGGAUCCAUCUACAGAAGGUUCAGGAAGUCAGGUGAAACUAAACAAGCGCCGAACCAUAGCCCGAAAUCGAAGCAGAAAAGAAAGCAAGGAACAUUGAAAAAUUCCUGCCCUCUCAGUACUCUCAUCGAAAAACCUUGCGACUUUCAUGAUGUAUGUGAGCUGCUUGAUCUUGACGACGGUUACAAGGCAUUAGUGGCCUAUUAUGAAAUUCCAGCCACCAAAUCACAGUACUUCACGGCAGGCGAUAAGAAGCCAUCCGCAAAUUUCCUGGAAUUUUUGAACACUCUUCAAGAAACGCCUCUGACUCUCGAGGAGCUUGCAAGGGCAGUGGAUCGAGAAAUACUGACGGAAGCUGGAGGACAAGCUUCUGAAAGAAUCCGAGAAUUUGACGAAUCACAAAGAGAGGAUGUCGCAACGAAGGCACUUAGCGAAUCUCCCGAAAUAUCUGAGUCACAAAAAGGUGAAGAAUUCGAGUUACAGCCGAUGCUUACUGGUGUGGACAGGGCCGCGCCUUCAUUUAAGCCAGAUCCAAACAUAGACGAGUCACAAGAAGGUGAAGAAUUAGAAUUACACUGCUUGCAGGGUAAGCAGAUUAUACGUAAUCGAAUUGAGCUUGGUACUAAGUAGUCAGUAACAAUAAGGGCUCUGUUCUCAUCUUUCCAACUAUAGAUACAUAUUCUAAAGCGCUAAAUAAAAAGAAUAAAAGGAAACAAAAAGUUACAUAAAAAUGAAAUAUUAAACAUUAUGGGCUAGGCGGAACAGAUACGUCUUGAGCGCUUGUUUAAAAGGGGUGAGUCCUCUUAUCCGCCUGAUGAUAAUGGGAAAAUUGUUCCAUAGUUCUGGACCGGCAUGUGCGAACGCCCUGUCUCCUAUGGUUUUGCAUCUAGUCUUUGGGACUGCCAGAAGAUUAGCGGUUUUUGAUCUGAGGUUAUAGGAAGAGCGACUGCAGUUGAUAAGGGACUUCAGAUAGGCGCGAGCGUUGCCUUUAAUGCUGUGGUGAAUAGCAAUACAGUCAACUCUCUGCUAUAAGUAGACAAGGUACUUGAGGGAACUUGUAGCCUAUUUGAGUUUGCAGGAGGUGCAAAUUAUACGCGACACCAAUGACUAAAAUAUAGUGUAUAAUCUGUAGGGCACUUGAAGCCAAUUCGAGUUAGCGAGGAGUUCGUCAUGUAUUUAUUUUUCAGAGCUUUAGGAGGCAUCAAACUAUUGUAGUGUGGAGGGACAAUGCAGCAACUUUAGGGAAAUUUUGGGGGUACAGCCACGCCCAUACUGGUCAUUUCCUUAUAUCUAAAAGUAUUUUUAGGGGGGGGGGGGGCACUUCCCCCAAUGCUCAACCCCUUUUAACGGCCCUGAUUCUUAUCACGACAAAAAGAAUAAAAUAGACGAGAUGAGGGGUAAGGCGGACUCGAGGUACCACACGAGGUACCAAUAUGGCGCCCCGUCGAUAGGUCCCUUUCGAAUAUAAGUGACUAAAAUAUAUGGUUUCCACGAAACUUGAAGCCACUCGAAGACACAAAAUUCGAAGGCGACAAAAAAGCGAAAAAAACUUAUUGAAGCGGAAAUAGCUUCAAAUACAGAUUUUUCAAAACAAGAUUGAUUGAUAUGGAGUCAUGUGCGAGUAGAAAUGACUUGAAUAUAGUCUCUGAUGUACUUGAAGUCAAUUCGAAUCUCAACGUGAGUUAUCUGAGAAGGAUUGACUGAAAUAUAGUCUCUAGGGUUCCACUGUACUCACAAAACAACACCAUCACAUUUCAAA